AUGGUCAUCUGCAAAUUCUUCCAGCAGGGAAACUGCAAGUUUGGCAGUCGAUGUCGUAACGAGCACAUCAACCCGAACGAUCAGAACCAAUCUUCAAACCGCUUUGGAGCUUUAGGAGGAGGCAGCAACAACCAGAGCCCAGCUGAUUUGACGACCGAGGUACCGCAAUGGAUCCUAUCAGCCUAUGCGCCAGGGAGAGACGCUCCUGAGCAGCUCUUUGGCGGGUUCCCACGCGAGCAGAGUUUUGAAGAGCUUCGACUACACUUUAUGAUGGGCAAAGCUGCAGGAAACGAGCAACAAGCUUUGAACGAAGCGCAAGAGCUGUACGCGAACGCGCAGCAACAAAUGCAAACUGCCCUCGGCGAUACCAGAGGGGCUGUGGAAUUUCUGGUCAGCGCCGAGAACAACCACCCCAACCGACACGAUGUUUGCAGAGAAGGAACGCAGGGAGCUCCUUUUGGUGAAUUCCUUGUUGGAAAACGACCGAAAUCUACCAUCGCCGACCCUGGAGCCCAGUCGAAUGCAUUCGGAGCGAACAACAAUAACAAUGCAUCCCCAUUUGGCGGCGGCGCAUCGACCGGCGCAAGUGCUUUCGGACAGCCCUCAGCUCUAGGCGCAAAACCAAGCGCUUUUGGAGCCCCAGCAUUUGGCCAACCGUCACAGCCAGCUCAGGGAGGCACGGCAUUCGGACAGCCUUCACAGCCAUCAGCUUUUGGGCAACCCUCGCAACUGGGGCAGUCUGGAUCAGCUUUUGGACAGCCCGCUCAACCCUCGGCUUUUGGUCAGCCAUCUCAGCCAGCUUCAGCCUUUGGUCAACCUUCAGCGCUAGGUGCGAAGCCCAGCGCGUUUGGUACACCGGCGUUCGGACAGCCUUCUCAGCCCAGUGCAGGAGGCAGUGUUUUCGGUCAACCGUCGCAACCAAAUGCAGGAGGUAGCGUUUUUGGUCAACCAUCACAACCGAACGCACAGGGUAGUGCGUUUGGCCAACCGUCACAGCUUAAUGCUGGAGGUAGUGCUUUUGGACAAGCCAGCCAGCUUGGUGCAAAGCCAAACCCCUUUGGAGCUCCAAACGGAACAAACAAUAAUUCUAGUCCCUUUGGAAACGCGGCCAACAACAAUCCUCCUGCAGCGAACCCUUUUGGUGCUCCCAGUGCUGGUACAGCGAACAACCAGAAUGCCAGCCCAUUUGGAGCAAACAAUAACCAGAGUAAUGCUGGAGCCAGUCCAUUCGGAAAGCCUUCUCAACCUGCACAAGGGACGUCGCCUUUUGGACAGCCAUCGAAUGCACCAGCAGCAUCUAACCCGUUUGGUGCCUCCAAUGCUACGCCGAACCAAAAUGCGAACAAUCCCUUUGGCCAACCCUCACAAUCUCAGACCAAUGGUUUUACAUCACAGAACAACCAGCCGCAAGCUAACAAUCCAUUCGGCAAGCCAGCCCAGCCGGCAGCAGCAAAUCCCUUCGGCCAACCUUCAAACACUACACAACCCUCGUCGAACCCAUUCGCGUCGCAACCCCCGACAUCAACCGCUGCUUCAGGGAACCCAUACCCGCCCAACAGCAGCCGGCAGCACCCGCCAGUCGAAAGCUACAGCUCCAAGGGGGCAGAUGGACGACUCUCCAUGUUCAAAGGCAAAUCUGUCAUGUACAAGGAUGGUAAGCCUGGAAUUCGGGAGUUUGAUGGAUCAUGGCGACGGAUCUGGUUCCCGGAUGGACCUCCAGGAUACUCAGCGGAUACAGAGUUGCCUUCUGAGAAGUACGAUGACAAGACAAAAGCCCAAUGGAUGGCUUUCGCACAGACAGGUGCCUUCCAGGGCGAUUUGAUGCCAGAGCUACCGCCGCCACGGGAAUGCACAUUGUGGGACUUUUAA